AUGCGGCUCUCCGGACCGUCAAACGUCGGCUACGUCAAGGUGACUGCCGUGCGAAGCCGCAAGGGAACGAGUGAGCGCCUCAAAACAGUUCGCACCUGCACUUUGGCUUUGGAUGGCGACGAGUCAUCACACGCAGCUUCAGUGUUCGUGAUUUCAGGUGCUGUCCAGCCUCGAGAAUGGCUUGGGUUCGGAGGCAGUUUUACGGAAGCAGCUGCAGAUACAUUUCGAAGAAUGAGUCGACCAAAGCAGUCGCAAAUUCUCCGUGCCUACUUUGAUCGCAGCGGACUUGGCUACUCUCUUGGGCGCAUUCCCAUAGGGUCCUGCGACUUCAGCCUCGGACACUGGACAUGUGGAGACCUGUCGGAUGGGUCCCUGAAAGGUUUCAGCCUUGAGCGCUACGAAGCAGCAAUUCUGCCUAUGGUCAGAUCGGCAAUCCAGCUGGCCGGACCUAUGUCUAUUCUUGCCAGCCCCUGGACACCACCAACUUGGAUGAAGAGCAACGGAAAAUUCAAUGGCGGAGGGAAGCUUCUGCCCCAAUACAAGGGCCUGUGGGCACAGCACUACGUGCUCUUUGCGCAGGAGAUGUCUUCGCGUGGGGUUCCCCUGUGGGGUAUCUCGGUGCAGAAUGAGCCAGGGGCUGCCACUCCAUGGGAAUCCUGCCAGUGGACUGCAAUGGAAGAAGCAGAAUUUAUUCGGGAUUUUCUGGGCCCAGCCGUAGAAAACGCAAAGCUUGAGCUCAAGAUCGUUGCCUGGGACCACAACAGAGAUGAGAUGUUGCAGCGAGCAGCCUGUUUCUAUGGUGACCCUGACACUGCCAAGUACGUCUGGGGAAUCGGCUAUCACUGGUACGGCGAUCCUCGCUUCGAAUGGUGGCCGGGUCGUGCUGAGGUGAAGUUCGAAGAUGCUUUGCGAGUCCUGGCUGCGGACAAGAAGCUCCCGGCAGCGGUGAUGGACUUCCUGGCUGGCUCCAAGCAUGCAGAGGGCCCUAUGCAUUUUCCAGAGCUUCGCGGUCGGCUGUGCCUCGACAGUGUGCGGCAAACGGCAGAGCUGAGGCCUGACAAGCACUUGCUCUUCACAGAGGGUUGUCAAGAGCUUGGAGGACGCAGCCUCGACUCCAUGCUGGACAGCUGGAAGACCGGGGAACGCUACGGGAUGAACAUCAUCGCUGACCUCAAUGCAGGCUGCGAGGGCUGGAUCGACUGGAAUUUAUGUCUGGAUGAGCUGGGUGGACCAAAUCACACCGGCAACUAUUGCCUCGCUCCAGUGAUAUGCGACACACGCACUGACGAGGUCCUGCUACAGCCAGCUUACUGGUUCCUGGGCCACUUUUCCAGGUACAUUCGGCCUGGCGCUCGUCGAGUUCUGUGCAGCUCCAGCCGCGAUCUUCUGGAAUGCACAGCAUGGCGAAAUGUGGACAGCUCGCUGUCAGUAGUGGUGAUGAACCAGUCAGAGAGCGAUAUUCAAUUUACACUGAAGAUUUCUGGCUUCGGUGCCAUGAAGACGGAGGCACCUUCCCACUCCAUUACAACCUACAUUGACACUCGGCUCUGCUGGCUGGCCGCUUCCUUUUUUGCCAAGGGUGAGGAGUGUAGUGCAGAUGAAGACAGCACUUUCAAGCAUUUUCUGGCUCAGAUUCUCUUUGACGUCCUCAUUCCAGCCUCUUUCACCACUCAAGUUCUGUUCAACGACAGGGCGCGGGGUUUCUUGGGUUCCUGGGAUGCCAGGUUGGCAGACGGCCAGGAUGACGGCCGCGGCUCCGGCCCAUCGCUCCGUGGCUUCCCAACAGGCCAGCUCUGGCAGGGUGAAGGUGUUCUCGCAGGUGUGAAAGUGGAUCUGGGCUUUGAGCUGCAGUGGCGCAGUGUGGUCACGACCAGGGCGAUGCAGCUUGAGCGUGUGCGGCGUGUGCUGGGAGUCGUCGUGGCAAUCGCCUUGUUGAUUUCCAUGCUGGUCCUGAGCUUGAUGCUUCUGGUGUUCAACCUCCCCAGGCGCUUGCUUCAAGUGCUACUACAAGCAGUCGCCAGUUGCUUCGGCUACGUCGUGGAGCAUGCCUAUACCCUGAGGAUAUGCAAGCUGCACGUGAAUCUUUCCCGAAUGCUUCAGAGGAAGUUUGCAAGGCGGCCGUACCACAGCCGCUUUAUUGACAUCCGCACCCGCCUUUAUCCCACAGGUGGUGGAGUUUGCUAUGUGCAUGCAGUUCCAUGCCUCUCUGACAAUUUCUGCUACGUCAUCGUCUAUGACGAGGGAAGUCGGGCAGAGGGCGCUCAAAACUCGAGGCCUGGCCUGCCUGCGGCGGUUGUGGAUCCGUGCGAUGCAGCUGCCGUGGAGGAGGCUUUGGAGCACAUAGCCGAGGAUUUCUACGCGUCCUUCGGUGGUCUGCGGUUGGAAGCCGUUCUGUGCACCCAUAAGCACUGGGACCAUUCUGGUGGGAACGAGGAGCUCGUUGCGCGAGCGUCGAGUGCCAAACAGGAAGCUGCAGCUCUGCAGGAUUCUGCCACAGAGUCUGAGUCCCAAGAUGUCACUGCCGUGCAGCUGCUCCAUUUUGCCCAGACACUGAGAGUGUUUGGAGGCUUGGAGGAUGACGUCCCAGGCUGCACGCACCCUGUGCAACAUCUGGAUGAGAUCCAGAUUUCCAAUCUCAGUUUCCAGGCCAUUGCUGCCCCCGGUCACACGCAGGGAAGUGUGAUGUUCCGUUUGCCGUGCAAGGCCGAAAGUUCGGGCGAUCUGGUAGACGGUGAGCGGCUCGAUGCCUUUUUCACGGGGGACACGCUCUUCUCCGGUGGUUGUGGUGCUAACUUCGAGGGCAGCGAGUUGGACAUGGAGCACUGCUUCGCCAGCAUCCUGGAGAUGUGUGAUCCAAGCCACAAGACGUGGCUCUUCCCUGGCCACGAGUACACCCAACAAUUGCUAGACCAGGGCAUCUCGCAGGGCAUAGUCGCGCAAGAGCUCCCGCUGAACAUCAGCCACAAGGCGCUGAUGUUUCAUGAGAACUUGGCUCCGGCAUGCGGCAAUGAGGCUGCAGCUGACCAGGGAGGCCACGGUCUUCUUGUGGCUGCGGCCAGUCCGCCGUUGGCGGUGCUGUACCGGGCAGACCUGGAUGCCCUGAGGCAGGAGCUCCUUUCCGGGCUGACAGGCCCAGAGGCCGCUGAGCGGCUAAGGCAACUUGAAAAGCGCCCUUUUGAAGCUGAUAUUCUCACCGACGAGGGUGACUGCUUCAGCGACUCGGGCUUGCUGCCGGCUGAAGAGGAGGCCAUCCAGAGAGAAGCUGCGAGUGGACAGCAGGAUCCGGUGAGUGAAGAGCAGGCUGAGAAGCCUGUGUGGAAUGAGGUUCCUGUCAAGGAUGCUCUGAAAGCUUUGGCAGUGCCCGCGCAUCUGGCUGUGGGGCCAAAGGUGCCCUGCAAAGAAGAGGACUUGCCAAUCAGCUUUUGCCGACUCAAGGCUGUAUGCGAUCACUUGCAGGUACCACUCAGGAGUUCGAGCGCGCUUCUGUCUGUGCUCCAACAGCCGAGAGAUAACCCAAGCAGCGAGGAGGAGCAUCCAAAUCAUUGCUGUCUGGAAGUGCUGUGUUGCUGUCCAUCAGCUCGGAGCAUCGUUGCCCGAAAUGUGGGUGAUGAAAGCCCCGAAGCUGACAGUGACAGGCUUAUCCCGCUGCGUGUGGCCAUCAGCUGCCUGACGCCCCGCGAUGUGAAACGCACGAAGGCGGAGGGCUUCUUCCAGCGCUUGCGCCGCUGUCUUCCCUGCCAGGGGUGUUGCGUCGGCGACGAUUCCGCGCAACCGAAAGAUGCUUCAGCAAGCACCAGCCACAAGGCGGCCAUGGCAUCUGAGAGGAGUCAGCAGCUGCCAUCAGUGGUGUUUGCGCUAAAUGCGAUGCGAUUCCUAGCAGCUUUCACGCUUACGCUUUCGCUCACAGUCAUUGCGUUAGACCAGGACGGCCGUGGCCGUCCCCACCGUGUCGCUCUGGAAGCCGCCGAGGAAUCAGAAUCUGAGGUCAGCGGAAAGCCUGGCCGAUCACAUGUCUCAAAGGCUCGGCAUCCGGUCAGGAGGGGAACUCGCAAGCAAACAACGAAGGCAACGAAGCCAUUGAAGGAAACGCAUGCGGCGAAGGAUGGCCACGGGUCAGCGAAGGCCAAGCUUGCUCGGAAGGCAGCUACAGAGGUGAGUUCACAAGGGCGCUUGAGCCAGCACCAGGCUCAUUCCAGCCACUGGUCUAGCCGGCCGCAUCAUGCCAACAGCUUGAUGGAGGUCAAAGUGCCCCAAGUCAUGGACGACUUUCCUGUGACCUUCUUUCAGGAAGAAUCGGAACAGGGGCCAUUCCACCCAGCCAGAGAAAGACUUCACGAACGGGAAGGCUCCGGUAUGGAGGUUGAAGUAGCAAAGCUCUCAGAUGCACCCGACGAGAGCGAGGAUUAUGGCCAGGAAGAUGAGGAAGCCCCAACUGAAGACCAAGCUGACGACUUCACUUUGCCGAAAGCCAGCGACGAGCUGGAGGGCCACCAAGAUGCUGCGGCAGUGGCUGAUGUGUUGUCUUCAUCGCCAGCUUCAAUUAUGAGAAGAGAGGCGCACGAUACAGGGUCGAAGGAAUUGCCAGCGGAAGUCGCCGCCAAACGAUGGCUUGGCCUCUAUGGGGACUUCAAGCACAGCAAGGUCAGUGGCCAGCGCCAACUGCGGAAGGUUGUGCUUGUGUUUGUCUUCAUGGGUAUUGCUGGGCUCUUCAUGUUGCUUGCGCUCACGAAGGCGGACAAGAUCAUCCGGAGUGUACUAUCGCAUGUCAGUCUCUCCACUGAGCCGACUGGCAGUGAGCUGCAGGAGCCUGUGGACAAGAAGGGGUCAGAGCAGGCGAAUGGUGCACCAGAGGCUGCAAAGGCACUGGCUAACCUUUUGGAAAGCAGCUUGGGACCUUGCGCAGCUAGCCGAAAGCUGAGCAAGGAGGACAAGGAGUUCGAUUCGGACACUGGUUCAUCCGGAGCUCUGCGAUCACGGAUCGAGGCAUUGCCUGUUAGUGCAGCUGCACAGGUUGAAAGGCUGCUGCCUUCCGCAGGGGGCUACGAUGUGACUUUCUCGAAGCCACUCAGCAGCCGACAGCUACUGCGCCUGGAAGCAACCAUUCAGUGUCCGGGCGAGGCUGAGCCGCUUCUGGCGCCCUUGACCCAGCGUCCCUGCGUGCUCUACACCGCCAACGCCUCCCGAAAGGUCCAUGGAGGUAUGCCGCUGCCGGUUGCCUUUGCAUCGCAGCACACUGAUUUCGUCGUGACCCUUCGUGGCACGCCGCGGGUGGACAUCCGAGUUGCCGGCUCUGAGGUGAACCUUUUUGCGACCAAGGAGUGCGAGUUUGCAGAAGUCUUGCCUUUUCCCUGUGCUCCCGAUCAUUGGCAAGACUUCGUGUCGGCUCAUCUAUCCUCCGCAGGCACUGGCUCUUCAGACAACCAUGCAAUGGAGAAUGGAUUGCGGGCCAAGGGCACAGCUGUUGAGUUUCACGAAUGCUGCCUGGUUACUGGGGCCACGGUCACCCUCAUUGGGGAGCUCAUGCGGUCCGCCAGCGGUGAGCUCACACUCCAACCGCUCAGCCAAGAGCAGGUGUCCUGGAAACGGCCUUCCUGGGAGAGACCCGGCUUGGGAGCCGAGACGGACGACCCAUUGGAGCUCCUCGAGGCCCGGACGCACGUGCUCAUCAGCGAUGACCCGACACUGCUAACUGUGUUGCCCACAGACCAGGUGAAUCAGCGCACGGGCAUGAGAGUGCGAAGCUUGGAGGCCCUUUGCGCAGGAGGUCCUCAGGAGGUUGUUGUCCUGUGGAAUGACCCGAUCAGUCUACAGGUGGCUAAAAGAAAUGUGGAUGGCCUGCCCGAGCUACCCCUUGCAAAGUGGGAGGACAUCACGUUUGAAACCGAUGGAGCAGGAAGCAAAGGCAGUGAGCUGCUUGGCAAAGCACGUGCACUGCCCUGUCUCAGGGACCUGGUGAUCAGCCCGGAGCCUGCUGUCAAGGUUGUGGUGUCUUCCAUUCUGCUGAAAAGGAUAAACAGCAAGGUGGACUUUGCCGUGGAGGUUCUUUUUCGGGCCUUGGAGCUGUUGUGGCUUUACGCGCCUCUGGUCCCCUUGCUCGCAGUAGCUCUCGUGGCAGACCGCAUUCCACUGGGAAGCGCCGAUGCCAGGCCUUCCAGGCAAGACCCGCCCAGUUGGGUGGACUGGUGGUGGGCGCUAGCAUUGCGCAAGGUGCAGCGCAGUGGCCCUGUUUUCGUAAAGCUUGGUCAAUGGGCAGCAACCCGACCUGACCUCAUUCCAGAGGACAUCUGCUCACGGCUCGGGCAUCUGCACGACAGCACGGAACCACACAGCCUGAAGCACACUCACAAGGUGUUGAGCGAAUCUUUUUCAGGGACGUGGUUCCGGCAAAUCCUCAUUGAGCCAGAGCCUAUAGGAUCUGGAUGCAUUGCGCAGGUGUACCGCGGUCGACUGCUGACUGGCGGAGCAGCUUCGUCCAAGGCGUCACCGCUUCUGGCACUUGGGGUCCGGCUACAGCGCUUUUGCGGAGGUGCUUGCUCAUCGCCUGGACCCAUGUGUAUGGAGGUGGCAGUGAAAGUUGUGCACCCGCAGGUGCAGCGGGCCGUAGAGGUGGACCUGCAGGUGCUUGAUCGCCUGGCAGGCUUCUCAUCAUACCUGGGGAUGGACAGGUUGGGCAUGCCGCUGAUGCUGCGGCAGUUCUCAUCCUUCCUGAAGGCCCAAACAGACUUACGGACAGAGGCACAGAACCUGCGGAGGCUAAAACAGCUUCUUGGUCCGAAUGAUAGCAGCGUCGUCAUCCCUGAGGUCUUCGACGGAUGGGUGUCCCGCAACGUGCUUGUCAUGAGCUUUGAGGAGGGAGAGCCUCUGUCAUCGUUGCUGGACGCCUCCGAUUCAAGUUUGGAGCGGGCGAGGCUAGAGGCUUGGCGAAUCCUUGUGGACAGCUUCUGGGCCAUGGUUUUCAAGUACCGCUUCGUGCAUGGAGACUUGCAUCCAGGAAACAUUUUCUGGCGGCGGCAUGUCGAUAGAGCCGGGAAGGUUCAGUUGGUGUUGCUUGACUGCGGUCUUGUGAUUGACCUUUCCGGCGAAGCUGGGGAAGACUUGUCAGCAAUGUUGAAGGCAUUCCUGACAAAGUCUGAAGAGGAAGUGGCGCGCUUGCUCAUCACGCUAAGUGAGCGGGUCGGCGGCAAGCCGGAGGACGUAGUGGAACCGGAAGGCUUUGUGCAGGGUAUUGCUGACCUCAUCCGCGCAGGAAAAGGGGUUGGCUUCAGGCUUUCCAAGCUGAAUGCUGGGUCACUCAUGGGCCAGAGCUUGCUGCUGGGACGAAAACACGGCGUGCGAUUUGACGCCCGUUUUGUAAAUCUGAUGGUGGCAAUGGUUGUGGUGCAGGGUGUCUCACUUCGACUGAAUGGAGACGGAGAUAUCAUGUCCAGGAUGUGUCCGUUUUUGUUCGGUGCAGCGGUGUCUCAUGUGACAGGGUGA